AGCGUUCAGGUUUCAAACAUCAAAUGUAGCGUGUUUGCUAAUUUCCCGUUUGAGUUUCCGCGAGUUGGUUUGUCUCCACCAAUCAGCGCCGGCGAAGCUGCAGCAUAAGCCACGCCCUCCGUUCUCCGACAGAGCAGGAACAUUUUGUUUAGGAAGCCAAAUUAGUUACAACAGCUGGACGGACAACCAGCGGCUCUCCGCGUUUUAAUCCAGAACUGUUACCGAGGUUGAGACUACCUUCUCCGAACCGCUGCCAGGCAGACGUUAAGACGGCAAAACUUUAUUCGGUAGGAGUUAAGUAAUGACCGAUAAACACGCCCUCCCUUCAUGUUUCCCUUCAACAAAAAAGAAGUUAUGGAUUUACGCAACAGGAAGAAAAGAAAGGUAAGCGGGGGCGUGCGGAGUAGCAGGCGCUCGGCGGCCGCAAGGAUGAAGCGGGAGGCGGUGAAAAUCCUCCGCUCCCUCUCGGUGGAGAACAACCAUGUGGAAGUCAUGGACGAGGAGGACAACGAGGACUGCUUCAGUAGUAUUAGCUUCCUCCGUAGUGACCCGUCCGGACCCUCUCCCAGGUACAGCCUGCUCCGGGAGGUGGGCCGGGGAAGCUACGGAGUGGUGUACGAGGCCGUGGCCCGGAAAACCGGGGCCAGAGUGGCGGUAAAGAGGCUACAGUGCGACGCUCCUGAAAACGUUGAGCUAGCUCUGGCCGAGUUCUGGGCCCUGACGAGCCUGGAGAACCGACACCAGAAUGUGGUCCAGCUGGAGGAGUGUGUCCUGCAGAGAAACGGCCUGGCCCAGAAGAUGAGCCACGGUAAUAAGAGGUCCAAACAGUACCUGCGCCUGGUGGAGACCUCGCUCAAAGGGGAGCGUAUCCUUGGUUACCCAGAGGAGCCCUGCUACCUUUGGUUCGUCAUGGAGUUUUGUGAAGGUGGCGACCUCAACCAGUACAUCUUGUCUCGGAGGCCCGACCCGCAGACCAAUAAGAGCUUCAUGUGCCAGCUGACGUGUGCCAUAGCUUUCCUGCACAAGAACAACAUCGUCCACCGGGACCUGAAACCGGACAACAUUCUCAUCUCGCAGAAAUCCGGUUCGCCGGUUCUUAAGGUGGCGGACUUUGGUCUCAGUAAAGUCUGCGCAGGCCUGAAUGCCAAAAACGGCGAAGAGCAACUUGUGGCUGGCGCCGGCGCCAGGGGGAGCAACCAGAACAGGGUCGGCAACAUUAACAAGUUCUGGUUGUCGUCAGCUUGUGGGUCGGAUUUCUUCAUGGCCCCAGAGGUUUGGGAGGGACACUACACAGCGAAGGCUGACAUCUUCGCUCUAGGCAUCAUCAUCUGGGCAAUGAUUGAGAGAAUCACUUUUAUUGACGCUGAGUCCAAGAGGGAACUGUUGGGCACCUACGUCCGACGGGGCACAGAGAUCGUACCUGUUGGGGAAGCUCUGCUGGAGAACCCCAAGAUGGUGCUCCACAUCCCUCAGAAGGCCAGAAGCUCCAUGUCUGAGGGAGUGAAAGAACUCCUCCUGGACAUGCUUGCCGUCAACCCUCAGGACCGCCCGGACGCCCUCCAGCUUGAGAUGAGGAUGGACCAAGUUACGUGUGUUGCAUGACGAAACCAGAUGCUUCCCCAAACUUGUCAUCGAAGAAGGGACCCAUGUCCUUCCCAGUUACGUCGACGCCGUGGCCGAAGGCUCCAGUGGAACCAGAACGACCCGAACUGUGAAGCAUUCAGGAACCCGGCCGAGCCGGACGUCCCAAACUGGACAUUUACUCCCAAAACCUCACCACCGUUCUCUGGUCGUGACGGUCGAUUCAGAAACCGGGUUUUAUUUGUUGUUUUUGUUGUUUAUUUUCCUGCAUCCUGAGAUUGAGCCUGUGCACCCCCGCGGCCAUUGCAGCCUGUGCACCCCCGCCCCCCCGGUGGCCCGUGCCUUAAUGAUGAUUUACACAAAGUGCGAUUGGAAAUAUUCGCCCCCAAGUCUGUAAACUUGUGAAGUUUCAGAUGGAAAUGUGCAACAAACUGAGAACUGCUUUCUUAUUUUAGUGUUUUGGAUUGGGAUGAGAUUGUUCUGGUUGGGGACCCAAACGCUGCGGUUCUGUUCAGAUUCAGAAGAUGUAACAAAGGUCGGAAAUAAAAUCCAACAUCUGCUCAUGAACUCUGAUGUCACAUUCCAGGCAGAAGGCACUGUGAAUAUCACCGGCUUUGUGUCGCCAUGGAAACCAAGCCGGGUCCAGCAGGAGAUUCAAAUUGGACUUGGGCGUUGGUUCCCGUUGAACCCAAAGAGUGAAACGACGUCUGAAAUGUUGAAAGUGAAAUCUCCUUCAGUCGGUCCUUCUGGGCUCGAUAAAGAUGUGAAGUUCAGCAGCUUUCACACCAGAGCACUAUUGAGUCUUUUCUAGUUCAUGACCUGAUUAAAUUCUUCUGAAUUCUUCAGGAACUUUCCCUUCUGGAUAGAAUUCCCAGAGGCAGUUGGGCUCACUCAUCCCGACUCUGCAGCGGUCCAGAAGUCUGCGUUGCUUCCUGCUGACUGUUGAGAGGAAAUUCCAGCAGGAUUGGGCUCCGCUGUAAGAACAGCCUCGGGUUUAACGGAAAAACUAAACGGAAUAGAUCUCCAGGAAGGUGGGAUCAGAACGGAUCAGUUCCAGACUUCGGUGACUCGGCAGGAGUCAUCGAGGUUUUUGUGUGAAGUGGUCCUACCUCACGCUCUUUACCUUCAGCUCCUGACAGUUUAUCAGUGAACUGAGGCUUUGUGGUGCACUUUGCUUGAGCUGGACGGAUUUUUACCUUCUUGUGGUGUUUUAGCUAGAUGCUAGCAGCUAGCGUUUCCUUCACUCACGGCAACAUGUGCAACACUUCCUGUUUCACGUUCUUAUGUUUGUUCUGAAACUUCAGGUCCCGUUGGUUUCAGCGUCCAUUUCCUUGGCGUGUUCCAAAUGGUUGUCUUAAAGGUCCAAUGUGUGAUGAGUGGGGACACCUAGUGGCACAAUCUGCAAACUGCAACAAACUGGAUUUAAGUUGCCUUCCUCACAAAACCGCUAAAACCCAGUUUUGUCCCUGAAUUCAGUGUCUGACCGUGGUUUCACCAUCUCAUGAUGCUGAUGAAUCCCUGCAGUAAAAAUAACAUUAUGGCCUGCUGAUUUCACGUUUUAACGUCAAAAACGUUUCCAUGAACGGUUAAACUCCUACAGACUGAUUGUAGACGUUCAUUUUGUGAUUCUGAGCAAACGGUCGCUCUAAUAACAGCGUCUACAGGCCAUGGUUUCAUCGUUUCCUAAAGCGUGUGUGUUUGUCAUCUGGAGAACUCCAGGACACAGAUUUAGUUCAAACAUGUGAUGAGGUCUUGGGAACAUUAGUGGUUGUUUUUAGGAGAUAUCGAGGAAUUCCUGUCCUUACGAGAGAAAUCCUACAAACCCGACAGUUGGCAGACCUGUUUCUCGCCACCUGGUGGUCUGAGUUAGAAACUGCAGGUAAAUAAUGUGAAGCUGAACCAGAGACUGUGGCCCCUCGGCUGUUUCAUCGCUACGUUAGAAGCUGAGUCACUGCUAACGAAAACCCAGAUUAUAAAAAAAUUCACUUCACUUUAGAUUCUGACGUCUGGUUAACCCGGUAAUCUUUGAAGUUUGGUUAACCCGGUAAUCUCUCAGGCGACUGGUUAACCCGGUAACCUCUAACCCUAACUAAACAAGAGCGUUGAUGAUUGACAGCUGAGAAAAACUGAAACAUCUUGUAAAGUUUUGACUUGGUAAACGAAAACUCUAAACCUAGUCCUGUUACUGAGUUGGUGCUUGGGGAACGCGGGAGUAAUCACAGCUGAGCACAUCUCAAACAUGUCGGACGAACCAGCUGCUGUGGAAGUUUUUAUCCCGACGUUUGGAUCCAGAAAAACUGCGGUUUGACAAUCGGACCUUAAAGGUCACAGGUGGACUAAACCAAAGAUGUGGGAGAGGCGAAAGUAACUUUAUUUAUUACUGACUUGUGUUGUUAGAUUCUCACUUGUUCUGUUGAACUCUGAGACGGUGGUUGUUGAACGGUACCAAACGUUGAACUGUGAAGGCGAUCGGCUCGGAGCCGGGUCGGAUCUUUUCCUGUUUUCACUUUUGUAUUUAGAGUCUAACUAAACCCUUUCGGCUGUGGAGGCUUGGUCCCGUCUACUCGUCUGUUUGCUUUUCUUUAUGCACUAACCUGUAAACGAUGGUCACUCACACACACACACACACACACACACACACACACACACACACACACACACACACACACACACACACACACACACACACACACACACACACACACACACACACCUAACAUCAGUUAGACACGAGUUUGCUGCCAGUCUUUAGUUUUCUGCAGAGGUGAACAGUUCCUCCACUUGAACACUUUGUUUUCACUAUGCAACAACGGUUCACCGCCUCGGUGUGAGCAGCGCACAGACGCCACGUCGUUCUCUAAAUGUUGUAAAGUCUCCAACGACCUUCGUCUAGUUUGUACAGAGAUGUUUUUGUUAUUGAAGCUGACGGGAGCCAUUCGAUGUUUGAUGAGAGCAUCAUGUUUUUGCUGUAGAUAUGUUUGACAACUUCUUGAAAUGAAUAAAACGUGGAUUUAAUAA